AAAAGGCCGACAAGAGGAGGAGGAGUUGGCGGGUCAGGAAAGGGAAGGAGAGAGAGGAACAGAUGUCUCCCAGCCUACCCAGAGCUGACUAUUGCUGACUAUCCAGGGCCCAGCAGCUGUAUAUAUCAGCCAUGCCGGUGUUGGCCUGGCUGGUGCUGGUGGUGGUGCUGCUGGUGGGCUCGGUCGGCCUGCAAACCUGCCUCUGUAUCCUUCUGUCCGCCCUCGUCUUCAGCUGCGGGUGGCUGGUGGCUCUACGCUGGUGCUGUCUCGUCGAAAGUGAACACAUGUGGUUGAACAUUCACCGAGCUCACCUUCCAUUGCCCCGAGACCAUCAUGAUAAGGUCUUCGGCAGCAUCCAGCUCAACAGCGCCGUGGAGAAACAGGACAAGCGUGUGACCGGGUCCAGCCUCAUCGACGAGCAGCUGCAGAGUGUGGUGUCGCUGGUGGUGCGGGAUUUUGUGCUGAACUGGUACACGGACCUCUCGGGCCACCACGCCUUCCUGGGCCAGCUCCACCGGUCCCUACAGCACUCCCUGGUGGUGCUGGCUAACAGGUGUAAGAGCAUGGACUGGGUUGGCUACCUUACGACGCGGCUGGUUGACGACAUUGCCUCGCACCUACGGCUGUUCCGGGAGGCGCGCUCGGCCCUCGCUCGCACCGGGAAGUCAGGUCGCGAGGAGCUGAUUGACCAGUUCUUCGAGAGAGAAGCUGAGAAGGAGAAGGAUAUCUGCAGGGAUGAAGUGUGUCUCAAACCAGAUGCUGAGAAAGACUACCUAAGCGACCUUGCGGAGAUCCUUCUGUACUACAUCCUGCCGCCCGAGGACUUCUCCAACGCCCCGCUGUGUGCCGCCGUGCUGGAGAUCCUUGUGUCCUCCGUGGUCCUUCCCCUCGUCACCCUCGUCUCCGACCCCGACUACAUCAACACACUCAUCAUCUGGGCCUGUACAGGCAUCCCGGUGACCAGCGAGCUCUUUGUGACGGUGAUGAAGGCCACCAACAACAUUGAGGAGCUGGAGGCCGUGCGCAGCCUGGUGAUGAAGGAGAUGGCCAGCCUGAGGUCAAGGGACUCAGGCAACAGGGACGAGGGGUCAGAGGUCAAACAACAGCUGAGCAGCCUGGAGUUCAUCCGUCGGGUCAUCGAAAACCGAAUCAACCGCAUCGACCGAGGCUCAGAGACCGACUCCAUGGGCCUCCCCGUCAACCUGGACUACCGGAAACUGGCGCGCGGGAAGCUCUUUCAGCUACCCCUUGAAGCCAUCCUGAAAAACAGCCUCACUCUGGACCAUUUUCUCAAGUACAUGGCUUCUAUCAACACACAGCACUACCUCAACCUCUACCUCAAUAUAGAGUGCUGGCGUACCACCGUCAACGAGCGACUCUGCGCCCUCGAACUUGAGCGUCUACAGCACCUUGAGGAGACAGGGGGGGGCAGUGCAGGGGGGGGCCAGGGUCAGGGGGGAGGUGUGGGGGGUGUCAACAUGAUGGACAUAUGCCACGACCACUUCUCGGCACAUGAUCUCUCGUCGCACAAGGAGGAAGCCGAGAUGAUUUACGAGCAGUACUUGUCGGAGAAGGCCAGUCCGCGCGUGAUGAUGGACGACAGCAUAGUGAAGCGUCUCAUCCUGCGCAUGCGUUCGGAGAAGGUCACGGAGACAUGGUUUGACGAGGUGCAGGCCGCCCUCUUCAUGACCCUGCAGGAGGCCGACCUCUUCCUGCCGGCCUUCAGGAGGUCCAUGUGGUACAUCAAGCUGCUGGCCGAGCUGGACCUGCUCAAGGAUGUCACGAGGUCGGAUGAGGAGGACUCCCAGUCGCUGGAUGACCUCAGCUUCAACUCCCUCGAACAGGCUGAGGAGGCAGAGUCCGCCACGCAGAACACCGUCCUCACAGCGGGCAGCGUCAGCACCGGCGCCGUCAGCAGCAUCGUGGUGGCCUCAGCAACCACGACAGCGACAGGUGGAGCGGGCGACACAUACUCCACCUCCUCCGGCCACUCCGCGCACUCCGACACGCACCUCAGGAGUGUGUCGCGGGGGUCCUCACGUGCGCAGUCCCCCCAGCCCGGCUCCCUGCACCCCUCCCCCUGCCACACCCGCUCCCCCAGCCUCACCAAGCCGGCCACGCUCACCGCACAUAUCAUUGACACGGAGAUCGUGCGCGAGGCCGCCAAGUCUCAUGCUAUCUACAUCGUCAGUGUGAUGCGCCGGGAUGUGGCAGGGCAGGAGGACCUCUGGCAUGUGUUCAGACGGUACUCAGAGUUCUACGAUUUUCACCUCUCCCUCGUGGCUACGUUCCCCGAGUUAUCAUCCGUGUCCUUCCCGAGCAAGCGGAUGCUGAAUAACCUUGCCGCUGGGUUCCUGGAGAAGAGGAAGGCGGAGCUGGAUGAUUGGCUGCAGUUCAUCCUGACGCCCUCCACGCUGCAGGCACACCCCGGCCUGCUGGAGGUGGUGCAGAGGUUCCUGGACCAGACGUCGUACUUGUCAUCACAGCCGCAGAACUUGGC